AUGGCAAGAUUGGAUAGAAUGAGGCAAAACCAAGAGAUAAUUGAUGCUUUGAGAUUGAAACAUAUCUCAACUUCUCUAAAGGAUUCUGCUCAGUCCAAUUGUGCAAAAGGGAAAAGAAGUAGAGCUAAUAUUGUGGUAGAUGAUGAUUAUGUACCACCUAUUAGUGAUGAUGAGAAUGAUGUUGAGUCAUCUAAUUCUUUAAUUCAUAAGUUACAAAUGGCACCAGGACGACUUACACGCUUGCAAGGUGAGGCAUCUAUCUCGGCGAUCCAAUCUACGGUUCAAUCUACGGAAACACCUCCUGAAGCAAAUCCUCCUACCCAAAGUUCUUCUAGUGCGGAGGCUACCGACGCAUUAACUAGCACAACUGGAUCUACUAUCAGAAAUACCUGUGGAACAACAUGUGGUAUAGCAGUACGGGCACUUGUUGAAAAAAGUGGUAAACUGCCAAUACAUAUUGCUGCAGAGUAUGAUGCUCCUACUUAUAAAAAGCUCGUACAAUCUCAUGGUGCUGACUAUGCAAAAAGUCACCCACCAAAGAAUGCCACACUUAAGCAGUGGACUGGACUCAUUGAAGGGAAAUGGACCAAUAAGGACUGGCUGGAAAAAUCAAGAAAGAACUCUGAAAAUAGGAACAAAACUUUAGGCAAACAUAGAUGCAGGACAAAGGCACUUACUGUUAGGGUUGAUGAAGAGACAAAUAAUAAUGGCGAUCAAGUUCCUGAAUUGGCAAAAAUCUACAAAGAUAUUCAUUUCAAUCCAAAUACAAAUAGGUGGAUACACCAUGAGGAUGAAGCGACAUAUUAUGUUUGUGCUAUAGGAUCAUCUUCCAAGCUAAUUGUUGGUGAAAUUGUCAUAGGUAUUUCCGCUGCUGUGCUUGUGAUUACAGUAGUCUGUAUCAUAAUAUGCUGCCUUAGAAGAGAACAAUUGAGUAAGGCAUUGAUCUUUAGGAGGACAGCAAGGAAAAACUAUGAAAAUCUCAGGGCAAUUAUAUUGAAUUACGGUUCACUUGCUCCCAAGCAUUAUAGUUAUUUAGAGAUCAAGAAGAUGACAAACUCAUUCAUAAACAAACUAGGGCAAGGAGGAUACAGCAGUGUAUACAAAGGAAAGCUACCAGAUGGUAAGCUCGUGGCAGUAAAAGUUCUAAGUGAAUCAAAAGGCAAUGGAGAAGAUUUUGUUAAUGAAGUUGCAAGCAUUAGUAGGACUUCUCAUGUUAAUAUAGUCACUCUAUUAGGUUUCAGUUGUGAAAAGAACAAGCGAGCUCUAAUAUAUGAAUUCAUGCCCAAUGGAUCUCUAGACAAGUUCAUAUACCAUCGAGAUUCUUCAGCAACAAAUUGUCGUUUGGAAUGGAAAACAUUGUACAAAGUCGCAGUUGACAUUGCUCGAGGACUAGAAUAUUUACAUCGAGGUUGUAGCACAAGGAUCCUGCAUUUCGACAUAAAACCUCAGAAUAUUCUUUUAGAUGAAGAUUUCAACCCAAAAAUCUCUGAUUUUGGCCUUGCUAAACUCUGCCAAAGAAAAGAUAGCAUUGUAUCAAUGCUUGGCAUGAGAGGAACAGUAGGGUAUAUAGCCCCAGAAGUAUUUAGUCGGAACUUUGGAGGAGUCUCUCAUAAGUCCGAUGUUUAUAGCUAUGGAAUGCUUGUUCUUGAAAUGGUUGGAGGAAGAAAGAAUUUUGAUAAUGGAGUGUCCAAGAGUAGCGAAAAAUAUUAUCCAGAUUGGAUUUAUAAGGAUCUUGAACUAGGUAUGGGUGGAAGAACAUAUGGGGUCAUGACAAUGGAGGAACAAGAGACAACAAGGAAGAUGAUACUGGUGAGUUUAUGGUGCAUUCAAAUGAAUCCAUCCGAUCGACCAUCCAUGAAUAAGGUGGUAGAGAUGUUAGAAGGAACCCUUCAUUCCUUACAAAUUCCUCCAAAGCCUUUCUUAUGUACGCCUGAAGGGUCACCAGUAGAUUCUUCCACAACUUUGUAAAAAUGAGCUAAAAGAUUUACAAGGAAAAAUACAGAUCCAGCAUUGGGCGGAAUAAAAGAAACAUUCCUCAUCAGUCAUUACAUGUAUGAAUUUCUUAUAUUUAUGCUUGAAUUAUACAUGAUAUGUUUUACUCUUGACUACGAAAGCUGAUGAGAGUACCAUGCUUGUCUUACUUUGUGGUCUCGAUAUGGAUCU